CAUCAACCUCUCUCUCUCUUCUCUUCCAAACCUACUCAGUAAAACCAGCUCCGAGUGAUUAUGGACUCCCCUUCUUCUUCUCCAACACCAAUUUUGGCGGCAGAUGAUCUAUCUCCUGAGCAAUCUCGGCCUUCGGAAACCCUAGAUACAGAUAACAAUGAUGCUGUUUCUAGUCAAGAGACUCAGAACAAGUCCGAGCCUUCCACUUCCUCCUCAUUUGCUUCCAAUGUUGCGGAAUCUGAACUCAGUCUUCAGAGUUCAGAGGCUUUGGCUAAAGGGAUUUCUUCUUUGCUUGGUUCAUUGAUUAAGGAUUUUGAUUGUAAAGCUGAAAAUGCGGCUAAAAGCCAGGACCAGCUCUGUUCUGCGAUUGAUCGACUUACCAGAGAGCUUGAUCAACUAUUAGAAGAUGCACCCUUGCCAUGCAUCAUGCAACAUGCAGCCAGGAUUUCAGGUGUUCGUAAGAGAGUAUCGUCAUUGAACUCACUUUUAAAAUCAAUCCAACGGCGUAUUGAUAAUAUAGAUCAGAUGUUAUCUGCCGGCUUAUCACAUGGAAAAACAACUGCAGAAAAUGCUAUGAAACAUGAAUAGUGACUGGGUACUGCAGAGUUCUACUUGCAGGUCGUAUUCUCUAAAUCCUAAUUCUGGGGUAUUGGGUUAUUGAUCUGCAUUACAAUGCUUUUGCAUCAGAUGUCAGAUUGAAGUUUGAAUUCCUGCAUAGAUGCAUC